GGGAUCAGGUGGACGGCAUGACGUGAGGGCUUCCCAGUUACUCCGUACAGAAAUAACUUUUCUUACUCAGAGGCUCUACGGCCCCCCAUGAUCUCCGUUCAAUUUGCCUUGUUCUCCGCAUAAUUUGUUGCAAAUGUUGGAUGCCAAUGGUAUAGGAAACACUCGUCGCGGUCCGAUGCCCGGCUGAUACGCGACACCGACCAUCUUCUCCCUUUUAAAAUUGGUCCCUGCGCAAAUCAGUCUGCCUUUCGACAACUAUUAUUGAUCAAGGAUCCACCUUUUCCUGGAUGUGUCCUCCGAGACAAUCCUUUCCAUCUGUUCACCGAAACCUUGAGAGAUUUUAUAUUUAGUUAGACUGUCCCUUCCGUGCUAAAGCUCUUCUACUAGUUCCACGGAACCAAUGUGAACAAAGUGUACAUGACAUCUAGCACUCCUGACUCCGCGAGGAUGUCUUCUGCAGUAUCACAGAGCAAUGGCUCCCCGAUGUUACGGCCACGGGCCUUAUUGAAGAAACUUGACGAUUCUACCAAUUUCUCCUUGGAGAAAAGUUCUCUUGACUCGAGUGGACGUUCAACCCCCGUCGCCGAAGAUGCCCCUCCAUCGAUCCAGUCAAUAUCGCACGCCAGAAAGCAAGCUAGAGCCCGGAAUCGACUGUUCUAUACCAUUGAUUAUAUCCCCCGCGUAUCUCACUUCGACCCGAAGAGCGACUAUCAUAACUUCCGCGGCUUCUUCACACUGUUUUGGAUCGGGUUAUUUAUCAUGGUGGCCACUACCGCGCUUCGGAAUGUAAAGGACACCGGCUCCCCGCUACGGGUGAGAGUAUGGAGUCUCCUGACAGCAAAUGUCUGGGCAAUGGGGUUCAGCGACCUCGCUAUGGUGGUGAGUAGUGCAGCAGUCUUGCCGCUCCAUCACCUUUACAGGAACAGUAGUGGAUGGCUGCGAUGGGGAAGAGGGGGCAUGGUAGUACAAAGCAUUUUUGAAGCGGCUUGGCUAGUCCUAUGGAUCAAUUGGCCAUUUAUGUUACGCUGGACUUGGACAGCGCAGGUAUUCUUCACUCUGCAUACCUUAACCUUUUUGAUGAAGAUACACUCUUAUGCAUUCUACAACGGGCAUCUCAGCGAGACCGAGCGCCGCUUGUCCGCACUUGAUAACCCUGGGUCAGCAUCAAUAGAUGCAGCUGUGGAUCGGUAUCCUGACCCAGCACCCCGUCGGCCCCCUACGCAGCGGCAUAGUAGCCACUCACGAUCGGAAUCAAUCCAAGAACUCCGUGAGGAUUUGGCGACCGAAUUGACCUCGCCGCUAGGCCAUGUCACAUAUCCGCAGAACCUUACACUCCCUAACUACGUCGACUUCGCUUUCUGCCCUACCCUCUGCUACGAGUUGGAAUAUCCUCGCAGCAAGGAGCGAUCAUGGGCAGAGAUCGGCCUGAAAACGUGUGCCGUCUUUGGGUGUAUAUUCCUGUUGACCCUCACAAGUGAAGAGUUCAUUCUCCCAGUCCUGAGCGAGGCCAAUACCCAGUUGCAUUUGAAACAGAGUGCAGCGGACAAAGCCUUGAUCCUCGCGGAAACAAUCAAUAUGCUUAUGUUCCCCUUCAUGAUCACGUUCUUACUCGUCUUCCUGGUUAUAUUCGAAUAUGUGCUGGGUGCAUUUGCGGAGAUCACCUGUUUCGCCGAUCGUCACUUCUACUCAGACUGGUGGAACUCAUGCGAUUGGCUUGAAUUCUCGCGCGAGUGGAAUAUCCCUGUCCAUCACUUCCUCCGACGGCAUGUCUAUUUCCCCUCCAAGGCCCGCUUUUCUCAGUCCGUCGCCAUGUUCAUCACCUUCCUCGUGAGCUCUGUUGCCCACGAGUUAGUGAUGAGCUGCAUUACAAAGAAACUCCGCGGCUACGGAUUCGUCGCUAUGAUGCUCCAAUUGCCUCUUGUGGCCGUCCAGCAAUCCAAGUACUUCCGGGGCAAGACGACCCUUAGAAAUAUUUUCUUCUGGCUGUCGAUGAUCUUUGGUCUUGCUUGUAUGUGUGCACUAUACGUUCUCGUUUAGAAAAAUACAUCUAUAUCAGACCACAAGAGUACUUGAUCUGUACUAUAUACGGGACCUUGGCGAUAUAGAUAGAUAUAUAAACUCUGGCCUCGGAUUGUAUAUUGAGCGGGCCCGUCCGUUUUGUAUGGCUAGGAUAGUGGUCUUUGACUUGUCAUUUGUCUUUCAUGCCAAUGUUUCGCUGUGAUUAGACUUAGAUUCCUAUGAUGUUAUAGUAGUUUAUUUACGCUAGACCGGGCUGUGGCU